UAUUGACUGAAUCCCUGAAAAAAAGAGUUGACCUUUGACCCUUUACACAUGUCUUUGUUGUUGUUCUUUCAUGGGCCUGUUAGAUCACUGUGUUUCGUAUGGGCUCAGAGGGCCAGCAGGAUAUCGAGAUGUCCAUACUGACAGCCUUGCUCAAAGGCACCAAUGCCUCUGCCCCUGACCAGCUGAGUCUAGCCCUGGCCUGGAACAGAGUGGACAUCGCUAGGAGCCAGAUCUUCGUCUACGGUCACCACUGGCCCAUGAGUGGCAGCGUGAACUCUCUGGAGCAGGCCAUGAUGGAUGCCCUGGUGCUGGACAGGGUGGACUUCGUCAAGCUGCUGAUAGAGAACGGUGUCAACAUCCACCACUUCCUCACCAUCCCUCGUCUGGAGGAACUCUACAACACGAGGCUGGGCCCAACGAAUACACUGCACUUUGUAGUGAGAGACGUUAAAAAGGGAAAUCUUCCACCGGAUUACCAGAUCACCUUGAUCGAUAUCGGAUUGGUCCUGGAGUUCCUGAUGGGCGGGGCCUAUCGUUGUAACUACACCAGGAAACAGUUCCGCACCCUCUACAACAACCUCUACGGUUUAAAAAGAGACGGCGAGCAUGGAGGAAAAGGCAACAGUAAAGGGAAGAAGAAGAAGAAGAAGAAAGAGGAAAGAUCGACAUCGAUGUGGACGACCCGGAGGUCAGCCGCUUCCAGUACCCGUUCCAUGAGCUGA